AUGAGGACCAUCCAAUCCGAUACAAAGAUUCUCAUCGUCGGGGCAGGCGCAUUCGGCACCUCGGCGGCCUUCCAUCUCGCCCAGCGCGGAUACCGGUCAAUUCGAGUGCUUGAUCGGUACGCAACGCCGUCUCGCGAUGCCGCUUCCACAGACAUCAGCAAAGUAAUCCGCAGCGAUUACAAUGAAGCUUUAUAUGCUCGUAUGGGGAUCGAGUCAAUCCAAGCAUGGAGGACUUGGGACAUAUUCAGAGGCCUCUACCACGUACCAGGUUGGAUUCUAAGUGCCUUUAAUCUUUCGGUGCCAUUUGUUGAAGGCUCAAUCGAGACGUGCCAGCGACUCGGGGUUCAGGGUCUGGAGCGUUUGACGCCGGAGCAGAUACGUCAAAGAUGGCCGUCGAUUACUGGGAAGCUGGAUGGUUGGAACGUUAACGUUUGGAAUCCCACCGCGGGAUGGGCCAAUGCUGGCGAGGCCCUACGGCAGAUGGCACUUGCUGCGGCAAGGAGCGGUGUUGAAUACAUCACCGGCGACAAGGGAUAUGUGCGAAGACUUGUCUACUCACCAGAAAACGUCUGCAAGGGCGUAGUUACUGAAGAUGGCUCGAUCCACGAGGCCGAUCUAGUGAUUUUAGCAGCUGGCGCAUGGAUGCCUAGUCUGGUUGAUCUCCAGGGCCAGCUAACAGCCAAGGGGCAUUCAGUUGCUCAUAUCCAGCUUACACCGUCUGAAAUGCAGCGGUACGCAUCUCUGCCGAUUAUCGACAGUCUGGAAUUAGGCUAUUUCUUCCCGCCCCAGCAAGAUGGGAUUUUCAAGUUGGCGCACAGCCAAUUCAUCACAAACGUGACUACUGAUGCAGUAACCGGAAUCACUACGUCGAUUCCGCAUACUUUUACACAGUCGCCAAACGACGACCUGCCCCUGGAAAUUGAAGCUACUAUGCGCCGGAACUUACGACGAGUAUUUCCUGAGCUGGCUGACAGACCGUUUUGCUAUACGCGUCUCUGCUGGGACGCUGAUACUGCGGAUAGGCAUUUCCUUGUCACCCCGCAUCCAAUCCAUAAGGGACUAUUUAUUGCGACGGGCGGCUCGGCGCAUGGUUUCAAGUUCCUGCCCAUUGUUGGGAAAUAUAUCGUGGAUCAUAUUGAGGGAACGCUCGAUGCUGGGAUCGUGCAUAAUUGGCGGUGGCGGGCGGGGGAAGAAGUUAAUACAAAGAAUCUGGCGCAUUUGGAUCCGGAGCUGGAAUUAUCUGAUUUGACGGUCCCCAUCUCACAUACGGCAGAGCAAAGACCUACCUGUCACCGCUGCAUAAACAGCAAUUUGAAAUGCAAUUAUGGGUUGCAUCUAAUCUGGCAUGAAGAGUCGCUGUCCAAGGGUGUCUGUCAUGGACGGUCUGCGGUUUGGUCAAAGAAUGCACAGCAACGCCGGGUAGAGAGGGACCAACAGGGACUAUUUAGAGCACAAUUAGAAACUGCAUCAUGGGUUAUGAGCAAGUCGAAUCAAGAAGUUGACACUCGCAGUGCUGUAUUCUUGAAUACCACGGCGCAUGAUAUCAAGCUUUAUUUUGAUUAUAGUGGUAUCGGCACAAAACAACAAGAUGCAAUGGAGCGAGAAGUAGAAGGAAGCCAAUCAGGAGAAGGAAUUAUUCAGCAUACUCUCUUGCUACCGGUCUUGAGCAACUCGACGCUCGGCAAAGCUCACACACUAGACUGCGAUUCAGCCCUGCUUUCCUACUACGAGGCCGUUAUAUGCAAUUCACGCACUUUACUAGAUGAUGCCAAAAACAAUCCGUAUCGACAUUUGCUUCUGCCCAUGGCCAUGCAAUCCGAAGGACUAUAUCAUGCUACGCUAGCAGUGUCCGCACAGAUAUUGCAUAUUUCCGAGCCUCGGUUUCGAUUCGCCGCGCUCGAGCAUGGACAAACGGCUUUGAAAUGCUUAAUCUCCAGUAUACAGCGGGGAAAUUCUGUAGAUAGAAAUGAGGACUGGUCAUGUACAGAUAUCGAUGAGAUUCUCGGCCUAGCUCUGAUGCUGUGUUGGUUCGAGAUUACAGACGGCUGUCGUCCAUCGUGGGUCACACAUUUGAAAGGCAUAUAUACUUUGCUCAGUCAGCAUCAGCAUUUUUUCCGCACUGGGAGCAGUAUCUCGGAGAUUAAUCGGUUUUUUAACCGGUAUUUUUCGUUUCAUUUGGUUCUUGCACGAACUACGUUUCGGAUUGAGGAUGAUAUUGCUUCUUUACAGAUGGAGCCAGGUAUUAUUUCCAGACAUGGACUUAACAAAAAUAACUUUGGGAAGCAGAAAUCCCAUCCCAAUUCAUUACACAGUACCGAGAAUGGAUGCAAAGACCCGGUCUCAAAGUUGACGGAUUUCUUAUCGCUAGCCAUGCCACUCGAAGAUCUGGACCAGAUCGACUCUUACAUGGGCUUCAGUAAUUCACUUCUUCUGCUCAUCAAUGAAGUUGCUGACCUUGCAUGGAAAUACGAUUCAAAAUAUUCAAUGGAAGCUGAGUUACCCCUUGUUCGCGAACAGGUGCAGCGAUUGCGAUAUUCUCUGGAGACAUUACAGCAAAAACCGCCACCGUUGUAUGGUGCUAGCCAUAGUCAGUCUGAGUUUCAGGCUAUUUCAGAGGCGAACCGGCUGGGAGCACUGCUGCUUUUGCACGAGGUUUGUGUCUCGCGACUGCAGAGACCUAGUCUUUUCGCCAGAGCAAAACGGGCUUUAGGAACAGCAGAAAUGGAUCUGGACUGUGUUAAAGAGGAAAGUUUACCCACAACAAUAGAUGACAAAGCUCAAUAUAUACGCGAGAUAUUAGAUCCCAUGAUUGAGAAUAUCGAUCGCAUCUCUCGCACGGCAGCACUCCCUCUUUGGCCACUUUUCAUUGCCGGGUGCUGUGUUACUUCGGAAAGGGAUCGGAUUACUGUUAUUAGUAUAUUUGAGAAAACGGAGAAGUUGAAACGAUACGGUAAUAUCACUCUAGCAAGAGAGGUCAUUGAAAUGAUUUGGCGUCAACGAGAUCUCGGCGUGCAGGAUGAUCGGAAACGACGACACACUGCCAGAGCUAAGGAUUCGUUUCCUGCUAUGAAUAUGGGCAACAUAGCUUCUAUGAAACGAACUUCUAUGCCGCCUUUCGAGUGGGAACGCGCUUUGUUGAUGAUGGGCGGAUUGAAGUUGAGCUUGACAUGA